GCAGCCGGAAGCGGAAUCAGCCGUGCGAAAACAUUCCCCGCCAGUUUCUGCCCGAACCAUUGUCGGUGACACUCAGCGGGUCCGCGGCGGCGACAUGGAGCUCGACACCAUGUCGAAGACCGACAUCCUGCGGGCGAUCAUCGCCGAGAAGCUGACGACCGCCGCGCAGGAGAUCCUGGCGGUGGUGGAGCGGACCGUGGCCGGCUACGAGGAGGAGGCGGCGGGCUUCCGGUGGGAGAUCGACCGGCAGCGGCGGCAGCUGGAGCUUCUGCUGCCGGCGCCGGACAUCAAACUGGAGGCGACAGACGAGGAGCAGCAGUUUCCCGUCUCGCAGCCGGGACCAGCGGAGGCGUCUGUCGUAGGAGGAGGAGGAGGCGAACGCCCCGAAGAGCAGGAGCAGCACAAAUACGAGCUGAGUGCGGAGGAGGAUGGGAUUGUGAAUAUCCUCUGCUACACGGGGGAAUUCAUGGAGCUGGAACAGGAAGAGGAGGAGCAAGCAGCGGCAGCGACACCCACGCGGGAACAGGAACCCGUCACGGAGCUGGACGGCGUCAGAGCAUUGAGGUCACGUCCUCCCACGGUGCAGUCUGACAGGCAGAGCGCCGGCAGACUUCAGAUCAGUAAACCACAGAACCUGGUAGAUCUCAGAAUCCGCAUCCUGGGGGACUCGGGGAUUGAAGUGCUCUCGACCAACGUGUAUAAGAUGUGUCCGCUGCAGGAGCUGCAGUGUCCCCGUGGUCUCCGGGAGACCGACUUCCUGGACCUGCUGAGGUCCACCUUCCCUCAGCUGGCGGGUGACAAACCCAUUGACAUCUUCACGACCGACCGGAGCCGCAGACUGAUGCCGCUGAGAGUCAAGAGGCUGACGCCGGAGAUGAUCUACAGGGCCAGCGGGCAUUCCACCCUCUACAUCCGACUGAAGGAUCAAGAGGAGCUUCAGUCCUUUGAUGAGUUUCAUCCAUCACAGACAAAUGUUGCUGCUCCUGUUUCUCCGUCCAGCCUCGAUCAAACCAGAGUUGAGUCUGACUGCAGGACGACACCUGGCAGAUCGCGGGUCAGCGAACCAGGGGAUUGCAUAGAUUUCAAGCUCCGCAUCAUCGAGGACCCGCAGGUCAAAAUCCUUUCCAAAGACGUGAAUGAGAAGUACCCGCUGCAGGAACUGCAGUGUCCUGGUGGUCUCCGGGAGUCGGACUUCCUGGACCUGCUGAGGUCCACCUUCCCCCAACUGGCGGGCGACAAACCCUUUGACCUCUUCACAGCCAACAGAUGCAGGAAACUGCAUCCGCUGAGGGUGAAGGCACUGACGCCGGAGGAGGUCCUCAGGACCAUCAAGUCCAGUUCCCGUUCUUUCCUCUACAUCCGACUGAAGCCUCUUGAUGAACUCCAGAUCACAGGGAAAGAUCUUCCAUCCCCCUCGGAUGAAACCAGCCGGAACACGAGUGUUUCGUCUGAGAAGACCGGGGCAGCGACGAGCCCCCGGAGCCACGUACAUUUCAGAAUCUGGAUUCUGGAGGACUCGCAGAUCAGCUUGCUCUCCAAAAGAGUGUUUCAGAAUAGCGUCGUGCAGAACAUGACGGUUCCGCUGAGUCUACAGGAGACAGACUUCCUGGAGCUGCUGAGGUCCACCUUCCCUCAGCUGGCGGGCGACAAACCUAUUGAAGUCUUCAGGGCCGACAAAAGCAAGAGACUGCGGAGUCUGAGAGUCAACGCGCUGACGCCAGAGGUGAUCCAGAGGUCCAUGGGGCCCGGUGGGCCUCACGCCCUCUACAUCCGACUCAAGAGGUCGUUGGGCCGACUUCGUACCAGCGACAGGCGGCGGCACGUGGACCUGAAGAUCUACAUUGUGGAGGAUUCGCAGAUGAAAGUUCUCCCGGCCAAAAUGUACAAGAAGUACCCGAUGCAGGAGCUGCAGUGUCCUCGUGGUAUGAGCGAGACGGACUUCCUGGACCUGCUCCGGUCCACCUUCCCUCAGCUGGCGGCCUAUAAACGCUUUGACUUCUUCACGACCGACAGGAGCCGCAGGCUGCUGCCACUGAGAGUCGAGACGCUGGCGCCGGAGGAGAUCAACAGGAACAUCUGGUCGAACGGAUGCUCCGCCCUCUACAUCCAGCUGAAGGCCUCCGAGGAAGCCCAGGCCAGCGGGGAAACGCUUCAUCAAAUUGACGGCGCCACAGAUCUUCCAGCCACCUCUGAUCAGACCAUACACACGAGCACCUCGACGUCCCAACGGACGGGAGGCGGCGACGUGAAAAUAGAGGUCGACAGUGACAAAGACUACGAAAGGUCAGAGUCCCGGGGUCUCUGGCCUCGGCUUGUUCCUGAGAGCAAGAGGGACGAAAUGGAUGAGGAGGUGAACGACGGCGCCCGGAAACCAGAAAGACCUGAUGAAAACCUGAGCAAUGAAGAACCCGAGGGGAUGAAGAGGAGGCGACGAGCCAUACCGUCGUUUGCGCGGGGGUCGACCGGCCGCGCUCCCCUGUUUUGUAAAGUCUGCAGAUUCCUGCGCGGGAAUGUGAGCUUCCUGACCAAACACUCGUGGAGCCACGUGGACGACCCGCGGAGGCUCUGCGGCGUCUGCGGCAAACGUUCGGCUUCGGCGGAGGAGCUGCGGCGUCACCUCCAGGGCCACCAGAAGACGCACAGCUGCCACACCUGCGGGAAGUCGUUCCUGUCCACCGCCGGCCUGAGGGGCCACGUCGCCCGGUGCAAGGGUGAGAAGCUUAUCAAGUGUAACAUCUGCCACAAGGCGUACACCGAGAACCGAGAACUGAUCAACCACAUGCUGGUCCACACGGCGGAGAAGCCGCACCACUGCGACGUCUGCCAGAAGACGUACGUGUCCAAGAAGAGGCUCCGGCUUCACCGCGCGACGCACGCGGUCCAGGGGCGGUUCAGCUGCAGCGUGUGCGCCAAGUCCUACUUAAGCUUGAGAUCGCUGUCCCAUCACGCGCUCACUCACUCCGCUCGCUCGGCGACGGGGAGGGAGCGAAAGCAGGCCUGCGGGAUCUGCGGCAAGAAGUUCCGCUUGGUCCAGCGGCUGCAGCUGCAUGUGAGGAACCACGGCGUCGAGCGGCAGCGCGAAGUUCUCGCCAAAGUCAAAUGUGGUGACAUCUAAUCGCACGAAGAUCCAGAGCUUGUGAAUGGUCGGCGGCUUUUUAAUGAUUUUAUCGUUUUGGUUUUGUCAGAACUGCGUCUGCUGCUCUUUGAAAGACGGAACAGUUUUAACUGAAUACAGUUACAGUUAGUUAAACUACAGCUACAGGUUUGUCAAUUCUGCCGAUUGACUUCCUGAUUGAUCGGCAUCGUUUCUGCUCCAAAAAAAUUGUCUUUGCUUCAGUUUGAAUUCUGCCUGAGCGGACGACGGCUGCUGCUGUGUGAGAAAACUACAAGCCUUAAAUGUGUCUGUGAUUUCAUUUGAUCUUUUUUUAUUUUUAAAUCUGUUGUCUAAGAAUGUGUAGCAGUUUAAUGCGAUUCCCGAUUCUACGUGAAGGAAACGAUUAAAUGUUUUCUAUAUUUUUAUCGUGAACAGAUCCAGAAAAGGCCUCAUGCACUUUUGGUUCCCGACUGUAUAGUUUCUUUACUUUGUUAAAUAUUCUUUUUAAGAAGGCUCAUUAAUUUCCCGAAACAGCUGCUCACUGUCGUUUCUAUAAAAUAAAACAGAGAAAACUGUCACUCUGUUGGGGACUUUUUUAAGCAGCGGAUGAAUCCACACAUGUUUUCUACAGCGUUGGUAAAAAUUAGCAGGAGAAAACAAUAAAGAUAAAAAACAACUGCUGGUUCUGACUUUAAAUCUUAUUUUCUUAGGGGUUAGGGUUAGGGCCUCAGAUAUCGACUUAAAUUUGGAAAAGAUUUUAGUGCCUUGUUCACAAGUUCCUUUUGUGUUCAUCUGUAGCAACUCAGCAAAACUUUUAUAUUGUGUUUGCAGUUUGAGUUUAUCUCGGUGUCAGUGUGUUCAACUUUUACAUAACAUGAAGGUUUUGAUGUUUUAAAAAGAAAAAAUACUUUGAGUUCCUAUUUUUCUCAUACACAAGGCUCAGAAAAAGAAAAGCAACUUUAAAAAAAAUAUUUUAUUUCAGAGUAAACGAGUCAAACUUCUGAACCGUGUUUUGUUUUAUUGUGUUGCUUUGCUUUUUUUAUAUUAAAUUUAUUUUUUACUUCAUCA